CUGCCACAACACUGGAUGGCUUUUAGGGACCACAAGUCCUGUUCCCCUCGCCCUGUUAGCUGCUGUGAUAAUAUAACAGGCAGAUUCCUCAGUCUCUGUCUUCUCUUGUUUCCAGAUGCAAAAUGGGGAAAAAUUAUUGACCAGAUUAACAGUGCUCUAGAAAGGUACCAGCCCUGCAUACAAGAGAACUGCAGUUGCCACCGAAGUGUUUGGAAACAGGACCUGGCUCCCUUUCGAGAGGGCAUCUCCAAGGAGCUGCUGUCGAGUGUGGUUAGCCGAAAGCUUGGGACACACUACCAGAUCAUUGAUAACAAGUUAUACCGGGAGCAUGAUUGCAUGUUCCCUGCAAGGUGUAGUGGGGUUGAGCACUUCAUUCUGGAAAUCAUUGAUCACCUCCCCAACAUGGAGAUGGUGAUCAAUGUGCGUGAUUACCCCCAGGUCCCCACGUGGAUGAAACCCAUCAUCCCAGUCUUCUCCUUCAGUAAGACCUCUGAGUACCGUGAUAUCAUGUACCCGGCCUGGACGUUUUGGGAAGGGGGCCCAGCUGUGUGGCCAAUUUACCCAACAGGCCUUGGGCGCUGGGACCAAAUGAGAGAAGAUCUCCAAAGAUCUGCAGAAAAAUGGCCCUGGAAGGAAAAGCUAUCCAAAGGAUAUUUCCGAGGAUCCAGAACAAGUCCUGAGAGAGAUCCCCUUAUUCUUGUGUCUCGAGAAAACCCUGAACUCGUUGAUGCAGAAUACACAAAAAACCAGGCCUGGAAAUCUGAAAAAGACACUCUUGGGAAACCCCCAGCUAAGGAAAUUCCACUGGUUGAUCACUGCAAAUACAAAUACCUUUUUAAUUUUCGCGGGGUGGCAGCCAGCUUCCGUCUCAAACAUCUCUUCCUGUGUGGCUCACUUGUCUUUCAUGUGGGUGAGGAGUGGCUGGAGUUUUUCUACCCACAGCUGAAGCCUUGGGUUCACUACAUCCCUGUUAAAUCAGACCUCUCUGAUGUCAGGGAACUGUUGCAGUUUGUGAAGGAAAAUGAUGAUAUAGCACAAGAAAUUUCAGAGCGAGGGCGCCAGUUCAUCACAGACCACUUGCGGAUGGAGGAUGUCUCUUGUUACUGGGAGAAUCUGCUGACUGAAUAUUCUAAAACCCUGACUUACAAAGUUAAAAGGAAGAAGAACUACGAUGUUGUCUCCAAACAUUUGAAAACGGAGCUUUAAAAGGCUAUUAUGGUUCUCUCCAAUUCAAGGCCUGUAGCUGGUGAUCACUGUGGAAAUCCAAAGAUUACAUAUCUUCUCUUAGAUUCCUUUCAACACAGCCCAUACACUAAAACUAUAGUAAACAGAAGAAUUGGAACGUAACAUAAUUCCUGUAUGAUCCGAUCUCAUCACACAAUAUCUAUAACACCAUUAGCUAGGCCUAAACUCCUAGAUAAGAUAGAUAAAUAAUGAAGUGACUAUGUUUAGUGUUCAGAGCAGGGAACUGGGUGCUGCUACCACCUACCUCUGACUCGCUAUGGACCUGACCUAAACUCCAUUGCAGUCCAUGGAAUCCUUGGGGUUAUAACACCUCUGUGACCGUGGGCACAUCAUUUAGUCCCCCUGUACCUCCCUUGUACUACUAUUUUUGGCAAAUUGUCACCAUUAUUUUAGUAAUGUGAUGAUGGUCAGGGGACAGGCAUUUCUUGUCAGCA